AUGUCCUUUAUGCACACGAGUGGAUCCGCUUCCUGGGAUCUCUGUGCGCCCAGUCAACUCCCGCGUUUGUCGAACGCAACCAACGAGCGGGCGAACCGAACGGCGAACGGAACAACGAACGAACAGCUGGCGAGCGAGUACGACAGAACAACAGCGAGUGGGUCGCAGCUACGAACGCUCCUGUAUUGCAGAUUUAUUUCGAGUGUAAGGAACAGGACAAUAUUCCAUAUGGACCGAGUGGGUGGCAUCCUCUCGCUACUGAUUGUUACUGUUGUUGGCAAACGACUGUGCUUUUAUCGUUUAUUUGUGUCUGAGCCGGGCAGUUGGGAAUGGGGCAUGCAAAAGGGGUUUCGGGUCGGCAUUUGGGUAUGCCGAAUGGUGGAUGUGGGAUGUGCUUGAGAGCAAGUGCCCAAGCCGAGCACCUCGGCACAAAGAGGAUCCCAAGAAAAUCGUUUAGCGGAUAAAGUCUUAGGGGUAGAGCUGCCCCUGGGGAAUGAAACUCAAGUUGCGAGAGCAAGAAGGCAAAAGAUGAGCUUUUACCCCUUCAAAGUACCAGGCAAUCAGAUUCAGUUGCUUGUUCUUAAGACCGGAUGAUGUUAAAGAAUUCAUUGCUUCAGCAAAGAGCUCUUAGGAUACAUACAUUGAGUCUUAUGGGUCAAAAACUUUUAUAUGUUAAGAAAUUAAUCUCACAAGCUUUUGCUUUAAAUUAUAUAAAAUUUGAAAAAAAUUUAAAACCUAGAUUUCUCAAGUUUGAAUGCAAAUCAAUUAGGACUUAAAAUACAAGCUCAACAAGGUGUGACAUUCCAUAUUUGGACCAUUAGUUUUCAUGUUAUGAUCAAUAUACCUAAGAAUUCUAUAUACUAUUUUUGUAUAAAAUAAUCAAAAUUAUUAUCAAGUAUAACUUGACUAAAAAAGGUCAUACCGCUAAAAUAAUUACCGUUCUUUACUGCUAAUUACCAAUACUAACCAUCCCUAUCACUUUUUGACGGACUUUGUAAAUUUUAUUUUUGGCCAAAU